GGCGUGGCAAUUAAUCUGUGGAUCCUACCUGGGUACAGGUAUUUUUUUUGUUUAAAGUUCUCGUUUUCAUAUAAUACAAAUCACGCUCCAAGUAUACCGUGAGAACAUAAUGUCCCAACAUCUCAAAAUAAUUUGUAUGUAGCGUGAACUUAUGUUCUCUUCGCAAACACAUCGAUCUAUACUUAACGUAGAGACCUGGAUCAGAUGGUGCGCAAUUUGCAGUUCGCAACCGACAAGCUCGGCACCCCAGCCAGUUAAGCCAUGGGAAGGAAUAAAAGACGUGACAAACGAAUGCAAUAUUUGCCCUCAAUUUGACAUAGAAACUGGUACUGUGAUUGGAAACGAAGAUUGUUUGUUUUUGAACGUAUACUCUCCAAAGCUACCUGAAAAUAAUAAACCACUGCUUCCAGUUAUGGUUUAUGUACACGGUGGGGGGUUCCUCAUCGGGCAUGGUACUGAUGCGACAACUGAAGGACCAGAUUUCCUAGUGCAAAGAGACGUCGUGGUCGUCAGUAUAAAUUACCGACUCGGUGUGCUUGGUUUCGUCACUCUCAAUCGUAAAGAAGCCGCAGGAAAUAUGGGCUUGAAAGAUCAAGUUCAAGCCCUUAAAUGGGUACAAAAAAACAUUGCUAAGUUUGGCGGAGAUCCGAAUAAUGUCACUAUCUUUGGAAUAAGCGCCGGAGGUGCGUCCGUCGAGUACCUACUGUUAUCUCCCACAGCACGAGGACUGUUUCAUAAAUCGAUUAUACAAUCAGGUUCCUCAUUGAAUCAAUGGGCACAAAAAGAUAGGAAUAAAAUAAAAGCAAACGCGUAUAGAAUAGCGAAGGUAGCCGGGAAAGACAUAACAAAUGACGAUCAAUUACUAGAUUACCUAAAGAAAUUACCUGUUGAGGAAUUAAUUAAGUUAUCAAUGAGUGUAAUACAAACUGAUACAUUUAAAGGAGGUAUCAAUUUCACUUUCGUUCCGUGUGUGGAAGAGGAAGGCGACUGGGAACCGUUUAUAAGCAAGUCUACUUAUAAAAUUAUUUCCGAAGGCGAAUUUACGAAGGUUCCGGUGAUGGUUGGAUUUUGCGAACGCGAAGGUCUCUUACAAGUAUCAAACGCCCCGAAAAUUCUCGAAAAAUUGACUAAAGAACAUAAUUUUUUGGAUUAUUUUCCUUUUGACAUUAGUGCAAAAGAGCAAAAGGACAUGGAAGCAAGGUUAAAGAAUAUUUAUCUAGAAAUAGAAAAUUAUAGCGGAGAAAAAGAUACUUUCGCGAUAGAUUUCUUCUCAGAUGUAGAUUUUUGUGGUGGUGUGUAUGUUGCUGCUAGUUGUAUGGCGAAAUAUAAUUCACCAACAUAUUUCUACGAGUUCUGCUACGAUGGUAAUCUGAAUUAUCUAAAGACUGCUUAUGGUAUUAAUCGUGCUGGAGCCACCCAUGGCGACGAUGGUGGUUAUCUGCUGAAAAGCAGUAAAUUGACAAAAGAGUUAAAUGACACCGAUGUUUUCGUACAAAACUGUAUGCUGUCAAUGUGGACUAACUUUGCUAAAUUUGGAAACCCUACUCCAGAAUCGGACAAUUCUACUCCAAUCAAAUGGCAACCUAUGUCUGAAGAUGGAGAAAGCUAUUUGGUCAUAGACAAAACUUUGUCAAUCAGGAAAAAAUUAAGCCCACAAAGAAUGAAGAUUUAUGAAGAACUCUACAAAAAAGAAGAUGAAGCUUCAUAAAGGCAGCCGUAAAUACAAAAGUUAUAAGAAAUUUAAAGUGUCCGAUUAUUAUUCAAAUGUGUAAUAUUUAAAUUAUUAAAUCUUGAUAGAAAUUUGUAUUGAUUGUAUUAAAAAAAAAAUGAAAUUAUCUAUGGUUUUACAUUUGUUCUUCGUAAUGGGAUGGGAGGUGAGCCUAUCGUCAUAUCGGGCACAAAUUCCAGACUUUGGCCUGAUAGUAAGUAAAAAACCCAAAUAACACUAGCCUACCGAAGCAGUCAGUAUUUACGGUGCUUCUAAAUA